AUGAAGGCAGCACCUCGUCUACAGCAACGCCAUAAGAAUGAACGGCUCCAGUUUGCACGCUCUAACAUGGCCACGGAUUGGAAUAAGGUAUCAAUUUUUUCUAUCACCUUAUGAUUCCCAAUUUUUCUGUUCAGACCAUCUUCAGCGACGAGAAGAAACUCAACCUUGAUGGGCCAGAUGGGUACGCUCACUACUGGAGAGAUUUGAGAAAAGAUCCGAUGUACUUCUCCAAGAGAAACUUCGGCGGCGGCAGCCUCAUGGUCUGGGCGGCUUUCUGCGGCAACGGCACGGUAGCUCUUUCUUUUAUUGGGACCAGAACGAAUUCGCAAGACUACCAACAACUGCUUGCCCAGCACGUGCUAAUACGAUUUACCAACAAGACAAUGCAUCCAAAUUGGCUUGGUUUGCGGCCAAUAACGUGGUUCUUCUGGACUGGCCCGCGUGCACUCCUGGACUCAACCCUGUAGAGAAUUUAUGGUCAGUCCUGGUACGAAGGGUCUACGCGAAUGCCAAGCAGUACACAACGGUCAACGAUCUGAAAAGAGCGAUUCGUGCCGAGUGGGAUGGUUUGGACAAGUCACUGCUGCAAUCACUCGUUGGCAGCAUGCCGAACAGGAUUUUCGAAGUCGCUCAGAAACAAGGAGGCAUCACACAUUAUUAA